AUGCCUCCCAAGUCACGAUUUGCGCGACUAGACGCUUUCACAAAAACUGUCGAGGAUGCGCGGAUACGUACUAGAUUAGGGGGCGUUGUCACAAUAAGUGCACUGUUCGUUAUCUUCUUCCUGAUAUGGGGUGAAUGGUCAGAGUAUAGACGAAUAGUGGUGUUGCCAGAGUUGGUUGUUGAUAAGGGGAGAGGGGAGAGAAUGGAAAUUCACUUAAACGUGACUUUCCCAAAUCUACCUUGUGAGCUCCUCACUUUGGAUGUCAUGGAUAUUUCCGGCGAGUAUCAGACAGGGGUCAUCCACGGUGUCAACAAAGUACGCCUCAGUUCAGUUGAGGAAGGAGGCCGGGUCCUCGAUAUUACUGCUCUUCAAUUGCACUCUCAAACAAACAAGGGAACGGAUGUCGACCCAGAUUACUGCGGUCAGUGUUAUGGAGCAACCCCACCAUCCAAUGCGAAAAAGCCUGGGUGCUGUAAUACAUGCGAGGAAGUUAGAGAUGCAUAUGCAGCGAAAGGCUGGGCCUUCGGACGGGGAGAAAAUGUCGAGCAAUGCGAGAAAGAAGGAUAUAGCGCCAACCUAGAUGCUCAGAGAAAGGAAGGGUGCCGCGUUGAAGGAGUGAUCCGCGUUAACAAAGUUGUCGGUAAUUUCCAUAUUGCACCUGGUCGCAGCUUCACAAACGGCAACCUUCACGCCCACGACCUUGACAAUUACUAUCAUACACCUGUACAGCAUAAUAUGGGCCAUAGAGUCCAUUACUUGCGCUUCGGACCCCAACUACCCGAAGAGCUUUCCAGCCGCUGGAAAUGGACUGACAAUCAUCAUACUAAUCCACUGGACAAUACUGAACAACAUACAACUAAUCCCAGAUUUAACUUCAUAUACUUCGUAAAAGUGGUGUCUACAAGUUACCUACCGCUUGGAUGGGAUCCCGACGCGUCCAGUUCAGCACACUCUAAGUACUCCAAGAACGCACCCCUGGGGAAACAAGGCCUCAGUUUUGGCUCAUACGGAAGCAUUGAAACACACCAGUACUCGGUCACUUCGCACAAACGGUCGGUGGACGGCGGCGAUGACUCGGCAGAGGGUCACAAGGAGCGCUUGCAUUCACAAGGCGGUAUUCCCGGUGUGUUUGUCAACUACGACAUUUCGCCCAUGAAGGUGAUCAACCGCGAAGCACGAACCAAGUCCUUCUCCGGCUUCCUGACUGGCGUGUGUGCAGUUAUUGGAGGAACUCUAACGGUUGCCGCAGCUAUUGAUAGGGUUCUGUAUGAGGGCGCUGUACGGGUGAAGAAGCUACAUAAGAGCUGA